UGUGCAACAAAAGUCUAAGGCAUUAAAAGAUCGUCAAAAGGAGUUGAAGGUGGAGGUGAUUAAACUGGACUAUCUACAUGAAGUCCAAACCGAACUUAAAAUGAGAGAUGUGAUGUGGACAUGUAUCGAUCAAUGGGACAACAUCGUACAAAGAUGGACAGAGGUUCCAUUCAUGAACUUGGAACCAGAGGAGGUGACCUCCACCACUAUGAAGUACCUGAAGACGGUUCAGAUGCUAGAGAAAGGUCUACCACCCAAUGAUGUGGUCAGCAUGUUGAAGAAGAAAGUUGAAGUUAUGAAACAGAGACUUCAGGUAAUAACUGACAUGAGAAACCCACAUCUUAAAAAAGUUUUUGUUAUUGCAUGUACUCACAGCUUCAGGUAAUAACUGACAUGAGAAACCCACAUCUUAAAAAAGGCACUGGGACUUGAUCCAGGAAGCAUUGAAUUUAUCAAAGAUGAGCCUCUAACACU